GCAACGAGGCUCAUCGUCAUCAGGGUGAUUACAGAAAAGCCUGUAUAUCCACGUUUGUUUUAACACUUAAAGUGUUUGUAACCAUUGUGAGCGGGAAAGGUCUGGAAAGAGUGGUCUCAGUGAUUUUUUUCAGACUAUAGUUUUAAAUCUCUAGGAGGAAAUCCCCAUCUUUCCCUGGACUUUUACAGGCAUCUCAUUGGGCAGCCCGCGCAAACCGACAGCGUGGGUUGGGGAGGGUCCUCGGGGUCCUUGGCAGGGCACGUGCGGGAGGAAGUGGAGCUGUCUGUGCGCGCGGCCCUAGUCGGCUCCUCAACGUGGAGCGAUGGGAGGCCUUGAGAAGAAGAAGUAUGAACGAGGCUCAGCCACCAACUACAUCACCCGGAACAAAGCCCGGAAGAAGCUCCAGUUGAGCUUGGCUGACUUUAGGCGGCUGUGCAUUCUGAAGGGCAUUUAUCCCCAUGAACCCAAACACAAGAAGAAGGUUAACAAGGGUUCUACAGCAGCCCGAACGUUUUACCUUAUCAAAGACAUCAGGUUUCUCCUCCAUGAGCCCAUCGUCAGCAAGUUCCGGGAGUACAAGGUGUUCGUCCGGAAGCUCCGGAAGGCUUAUGGGAAGAGCGAGUGGAACACCGUAGAGCGUUUAAAGGACAAUAAGCCCAACUACAAACUUGACCACAUCAUCAAGGAACGGUACCCCACGUUCAUCGAUGCCCUGCGGGACCUGGACGAUGCCCUCUCCAUGUGCUUCCUCUUUUCCACCUUCCCACGGACUGGCAAGUGCCACGUGCAGACCAUUCAGCUGUGCCGCCGGCUCACUGUGGAGUUCAUGCACUACAUUAUCGCCGCCCGUGCCCUGCGCAAGGUCUUCCUGUCCAUCAAAGGCAUUUACUACCAGGCCGAGGUACUGGGGCAGCCCAUCGUGUGGAUCACUCCCUAUGCCUUCUCCCAUGACCACCCGACAGACGUGGACUACAGGGUCAUGGCCACCUUCACUGAGUUCUACACCACGCUGCUGGGAUUUGUCAACUUCCGCCUUUACCAGUUGCUCAACCUCCACUACCCCCCGAAGCUCGAGAGUCAGGCCCAAGCAGAGGCAAAGGCCAGUGAGGGCACCUACGCGUUGGACUCCGAGAGCUCUAUGGAGAAACUGGCGGCCCUCAGUGCCAGCCUGGCCCGCGUGGUGGUGCCUGCCACAGAGGAGGAGGCCGAGGUGGAUGAGUUUCCCACUGAUGGGGAGAUGUCACUGCAGGAGGAAGACCGCAGGAAGGAGCUGGAGGCGCAGGAGAAGCACAAGAAGCUUUUUGAGGGCCUGAAGUUCUUCCUGAACCGAGAGGUGCCCCGUGAGGCCCUGGCCUUCAUCAUCAGGAGUUUUGGGGGGGAAGUGUCCUGGGACAAAUCUUUGUGCAUCGGGGCCACCUAUGACGUCACAGACUCCCGCAUCACCCACCAGAUUGUUGACCGGCCUGGGCAGCAGACCUCAGUCAUUGGCAGGUGCUAUGUGCAGCCACAGUGGGUGUUUGACUCGGUGAACGCCAGGCUCCUCCUCCCCGUGGCAGAGUACUUCGCUGGGGUGCAGCUGCCCCCACACCUUUCACCCUUCGUGACCGAGAAGGAAGGAGAUUACAUUCCACCUGAGAAGCUGAAGCUGCUGGCUCUGCAGCGGGGAGAGGACCCAGGAAACCUGAAUGAGUCAGAAGAGGAGGAGGAAGAGGACGACGACAAUGAAGGUGCUGGUGAUGAAGGGGGAGAAAAUGAGGAGGAGGAGGAGGAAGAUGCAGAGGCUGGUUCAGAAAAGGAGGAAGAGGCCCGGCUGGCAGCCCUGGAGGAGCAGAGGAUGGAGGGGAAGAAGCCCAGGGUGAUGGCAGGCACCUUGAAGCUGGAGGAUAAGCAGCGGCUGGCCCAGGAGGAGGAGAGUGAGGCCAAGCGCCUGGCCAUUAUGAUGAUGAAGAAGCGGGAGAAGUACCUGUACCAGAAGAUCAUGUUUGGCAAGAGGCGAAAAAUCCGAGAGGCCAACAAGCUGGCGGAGAAGCGGAAAGCCCACGAUGAGGCGGUGAGGUCUGAGAAGAAGGCCAAGAAGGCAAGGCCAGAGUGAGUGCCUGUGGCCUCUCACAGGGCUGAGACCAGUCCCUAGCAGCUGGAUGUAGCAGAGGCAGGCCAGAGGACCUAAGUGUGAUGGACCAGAGUCGCUUCUCUUCUCCUCCUCCUUUCUCCAGCCAGCCCUGACCCCUCAUGCUCUCUGGCUGGGCCAGUGGGCAGCCCUCGCCUCCCUUGGUUGGAGCUGCCCUGUUGGUGCCUGGGGAGAGAAGAGGCCUCUGUGCCCAGCCUGAUUCUCUGCUCCCAGGAGCCAGUGACAUGAGAUGCAGGGGCCCACCCAGCCCCCUGCCUACUGCCCCCAUUCAUCCUGGCUUUCCACAGCCCCCUCCUACACAGUUGGACCCAUGAUUCUCAGGGUGCUGUGAUGGGGUGAGGGUGGGGGGAGCAUUUGUUAUUAAAUGACUGGACUUUUGUGCCAAUUGCA